AUGGUAUUCGUAUUUUUAGUUGACAGAAGUGGCUCAAUGAAAGGAAAUAAAAUGGAUAUGACUCUCGAAGCUUUGAGGCUAUUUAUAAAAAGUUUGCCUACAAAUGCAAGAUUUGAAAUCAUCAGUUUUGGUUCUAAAUAUUCAUGUAUAAGCAAAGAUGGAUAAGGUUUCAUUCACACUGAUUUGAAUAUAAAGAAGGUUAAAAAAGAGAUUGCAUAAAUGACUGCUAAUCUUGGUGGAACUAACAUACAUGAUCCCCUAGAACAUGCAAUUAAAAGACUAUUCAUUAAAAUUAAUCCUUCAUUACUUGAAUCAUUAAUAAAAAAGGAAAGAGAUGCAAUGAUAAAUUCUCCGAUUGAACCAAAAGGCUUAGAGAAGAUUAGAAAAAUUUUCCUACUAACUGAUGGCGCUGUCAAUAAUCCUAAUGCUUAAGUAUCUUGUCAAAGAACUGGCAAGAGCUGGCAGAGGUUCAUAUUCUUUUGUUGA